AAGAUGAUGAAGCAGUACGUGGCGAGCAAGAAGGGGGGGCCGUUCCAGCUUGCGACUGCACCGUACCCAACCCCAGGACUGGACGAGGUGUGCAUCCGAAGCCGGGCCGUGGGCCUGAAUCCUCUCGACUGGAAGAAUCUCUACUAUGGCGAGAUGGUCAAGACGUGGCCCGAGGUGUUUGGCAUCGAUGCCGCCGGCGUCGUCGAGGUCGUCGGAGCAAACGUGACGGCGCUGAAGGCCGGCGAUGCCGUCGUGAGCCUGGCCGGCCACGGUGGGCGCGCGGGAGCAUUCCAGGACGUGACUACCGUGCCGGCGCAUUUUGCUUCCAAGAAGCCCACCGCAUGGACGUUCGAACAGGCGGCCUCGGUUCCCGUUCUUAUUGUGGGUGGCAGCUCAGGGGUCGGGUCGUCCGCGGUGCAGCUCCUGCGCCUUGCGCUGCCGUCUGCCACGAUCCUGACGACCAACUCGCCCAAGCACAACGCCCACGUCGCUGGUCUUGGCGCAACGACGUGCAUCGACCGUAGCAACCCGAAGCUGGUCGAGGCCGUCAAGGCUGCUUCCCCCGACGGCAAGGGCGUCGACGCCAUCAUCGACGCCGUGGCCGGCGCUGCAGGGGAGCCGGACCUGUUCGACGUGUUGCGCAAGGACGGGCCCCGGCUGUACAGCCAAGUAUUCACGGGCGACAAGAUCGCGGUGCCCGAGGGCGUCGUGGGCACGCCCGUGUUUGGUCGCAUGACGUUCCAGACGCCGGGCGGGAUGAAUGCCAUGAGCAAGCUGGUCGAUCUGGUCGACGAGGGCACGUUUAAGCUUCCCCUCCAGGUGCAGGUGGUGGGAAAGGGGCUGGACGGGAUCGGUCCUGGGCUUGAGAAGCUCAAGGCGGGUGUGAGCGGAACCAAAUAUGUCGUGUCUCUGUAAGAUGUAAUCAUGCGCGCAGUUUGUAUGAGGCCUCCCCAAUGGUCGUGGCACGCAAGCAGCUCCG